AUGCAUUUUCCCCGUGGAGCAUUAAGCUUGCUGUUUAUCACUUGCAUGAUGUUUGCACUGACAAACGGCCAUCCAUCAAAGGACAAGCUAAAGAUACGGAUUCAUGUGCCAGUGAAACAUCACACACAUGUCCAUACGAAAACGGUCAUUAAGAAAGUGCCACUACCCAUACCCGUGCCGGUCAAGGAGCAUCAUCAUGAGCCGAAAAAGCAUCAUAGCAGUCGCAGUAGCAGCCAUCAUCAUCAUCAUCAGCACCAUAAUCAUCCGGAGGAUGAGCUUGAUGACGAUUUCGAGGGUUACGAGUAUCCCAUCAAGGCUAAAAGACGUACGCGGCAUCCCUUUGUCUGA